AUGUCGGUGGCAGUCGUCACGGUGAUUCUACGAUGUUAUGUGCGUGGAUGGUUAGUGAAGGCAUUUGGUUGGGAUGACGGAGCAAUGGUGGUUGCAUUGUUAUUCUACGUGAUGUUUUCCGCCUGCAUGAUCGGAGGCAGUGUAUGGGGUACUGGACGAAGAUACAAAGAUUUAACGGCGGUGCAACGCGUGACGGCCAUGAGGUACUGGUGGCUAUGUGAAAUCGCCUACUGUUUCGCCUCCGUCGGCGGCAAAAUCUCCAUCUGUAUCUUCCUGAUGCGCAUCACCGUCAAACGAGAACAUAUCUGGUCGCUCUAUAUCGUCAUGAUCCUGACGGUCAUCGCCGGUCUCGUCUUCAUGUUCCUCAUGCUGCUGCAGUGUAAACCGCUGGAGUAUUUCUGGACCAAGGUCGCUUUCGAUCCGAAUAUUCACGGCCAGUGUCUCGACAUGACGAUCAUUAUCGCCAUGACGUAUGUGUAUAGUGCGUUCGCGGUGAUAUGCGAUUUCACCGUGGCGAUUUUGCCGAUCUUCUUGGUUAGGAAGUUGCAUAUGAAGAAGCAGACGAAGAUUGCUGUGGUCGGGAUUUUGAGUAUGGCUUGCAUUGCUUCCUCGGCCGUCAUUAUUCGUAUACCCUUUGUUCAUACCUUUAACGAUCCGGACUUUCUGUACGCAACGGUUGAAAUCGCCCUCUGGUCCAAUAUCGAAGUUGGUCUAGGUAUCACGGCUGGAAGUCUCGCUACCCUUCGUCCACUCCUCCGUCACUGGCUCGGUUCUCGAACCGAUCCCACAUAUCCCUCUCCCUUUCCCGGUCGUUCCGGAUCGCGACUUCCCGGUGGUGCCAGUCACGAUCGACCUUUUCCGUUGGGGUCGCUGGAUGAGAGCGUCCAGAACCGACUCCGGCCGGAUAAGUUAGCGGUUACGGUGACAACAGUGCAAAGUCAGGACCACAAUGGCUCGUGGCAUGGAGGAUCGAGUCCGAAUAGUAGCGAAGAACGCUUGACGGCCCAGGGCUCCCCUGCAUUGCCGGCGGUAGGGGGUGAGAUGGGUUUGGGCAUUCAUCGGACAUUCGAAGUCACGCAGACGAGUACCUCGCAGACGGUGAGGGAACACUUCUAG